GCUAACGAAGUGAAUCGGUGCAUAAAUUAUCGCUCGUCACGUGACCACUGGCUUGUUUUGAUGUGUAUUGGAUUGUGUAUUGGCUCAAUACACAACUUUGAGAGCUUUAUUGGACGCAUUACCUGUGGUGACCUUUUGUUUACAGGUUCAAGAUGACGGAAUGCGUACCGAAAAAGCCGAACAUCGCCGAAAUCUCCCCGCACUUGAUUUGCGCGCUAUGCGGGGGAUACUUGAUCGACGCCACCACGAUUGUAGAAUGUGUGCAUUCAUUUUGCAAGACGUGUAUCGUGCGGUACCUGGAGUCGAGCAAGUAUUGCCCAAUCUGCGAAGUUCUCGUGCACAAAACCAAACCCCUACAGAAUAUCCGGCUAGACCACACCCUACAGGACAUAGUGUAUAAACUCGUGCCAGGCCUAUUUCAAAGUGAAAUGCGCAGACGUCGUGAAUUCUACAAAGGCUAUCCAACAGUCCGCAGCGCGAAGACCCGUCAGGAGCAACAAGGAUGCCGCCACAUCUACACCGCCGACGAGAGUUUCAGCGUAGCACUGGAGUUCUGUCCACAGGGCCGUGUGUGUCGACCGUCACGGCGAAGAUCACGGAGUAACGAUCAGUGCAGCUCGGUACCGGAGAGACGAUACCUGCUCUGUCCAGCGGGCACCACCAUCGCCCUGCUACGGAAGUUCCUUCGGUUAAAGUUUGCCCUCGAUAGCAACUUUCAGGUGGAUCUCGUUCACGUUGGUGGGCUGGUACAAGAUCACUAUUCCUUAAUGGACCUAGCCUACAUCUACUCUUGGAAAAGGGAGGGUGUUAUUAAGCUGUACUACACAAUCUACCGCCUGCCAGACCCUGUACCGGAAAUCAUCAUUACAGAAGUGAAAGACGAGCUAACAACAAACGACGCAGACGACAAAGUCUGCAAAGCAGACGACACACGACCGUCUUCGCUAUUUUCCAAAGCGGCGUUGCUAGGUAACAACACUAUGGACAGAAACUUAGCGCAUGACCUUUCACCCCUCGAACUCAUAGCAACGGUUGCUAAUGACAUUUCAAGUUUCCAGGAGAGUCGGGGUUUAAAACGGAAAACGGAAGCUGCGCAGUUGUACGAAAAUGAUGACGACAAUAGUUCAACAGAGACUCAAAUUAAGAGAACAGUUGAGCGUGCUAUAGACUUGUGUUCUAAUAAUAACUCUAGCGGUGCUAAUGAUUCGACUUCCACUUCAAAUUCAUCCUUAUCAUUCCGAACUGAUUCCAAUAACACGAAAAAUGUUUCGUCCGAUUCUUUUGGCUCAAAUUCCUCAACGUUAAAUCCAUGUUCACGUGCUUCAAAUAGCCCUGUUACAAAAGUUUCACCUGCUGCGUCAAAUCAGCCUACAGUUCAAAAGAGCGAACACGAAAAACCAAUGAAGACUGACACAGCAUCACAAUGUGACCCAAGACCAAAGAAACCGCGCUUGGAAUCUCAGAAUAAAUCGAACCAACAUUCCAAAGUAGGGAAGAGUGAAAGGCCUACCACUGAUAAUAAAGCUCCUAACAAAAACGUUGAACCUGCGAUUACACCGGAUACAUUGAAGCAUAAAAGUAGUUCAAACAAGGAUUCUGAAUUAGUGCAAAAAGUUGACAUGUCUAAAUCCAACACUAAAUUAUCCAAAGUAUCUACGACUAAAACUGAUUCUUCAAAGGUAACUAGCAGUGUUUCAAAAACUUCAGCUAGCGCCUUAAACGCUUUGAGUUUUUUAACCGAAAAACUUAAGACUAAUGUUCAAAGAGCGUCCCUUUCAAAGCAGUCUAUAAAGGAUUCCAAUAGUGUAGAUAAAAGUUCAAGUGAUAGUAAAAAGGAGAUAAGUGUUUCCAAAAUUGGCGACAAAGUGCCCUUUGAAUCGAUAAAUAGUAAGUCAACUUCAUCUACAUUAGAUUCAAAAUCACCUUCUAAGAAACCUAGUGACUUAAAACGGCCUCUUGAAAAGCGGCCUUUGUUCAAGAAAAGUUCAGACUCGAAACCAAAUACACAGACGAAGAUUCUGGAUGUGAGACCAACUGAUGUUGACGCAAAAAAGAUGUCUAAACCCGACACUGAUGUUAUAAAGAAGACUGGUGCAAAUAGUGAUGCCAAUGGUAAUAAACAAGUGGAAACAAGCAUACGGCUUGAGGAAAGUAGAAAUGGUGAUGAAAAGGCGAUGAUUUCACCUUCAACAGUUACAGAUACAAGUAAAGAUACUUCCAAUAAUAAAGAUACAAGUAAAGAUACUUCCAAGAAUAAAGAUACUAGUAAAGAUAAUUUCAAAACUAAAGAAACGAGCAAAGACAUCUCCAAGAAUAAAGAUACAAGUAAAGAAAUUUUGAAGACUAAAGUUACAAGUAAAGAUACUUCCAAGGCUAAAGAUACGAGUAAAGACACCUCAAAGGUUAUAGAUACGAGUAAAGAAACCUCAAAGAUUAAAGAUACAGGUAAAGACACCUCCAAGACUAAAGAUACGACUAAAGACAUAUCGAAGACUAAGUAUACGAGUAAAGACAUCUCUAAAAAUAAAGAUACGAGCAAAGACAUCUCCAAGACUAAAGAUACGAGUAAAGACAUCUCCAAGACUAAAGAUACGAGUAAAGACAUCUCCCAGAAUAAAGAUACAAGUAAAGACAUUAUGAAGAAUAAGGAUACUGGUAAAGAUACUGCCAAGACUAAAGAUACGAGUAAAGAUAUCUCCAAGAAUAAAGAUAUGAGUAAAGACAUAUUGAAGAUAAAAGAUACGAGUAAAGAGUUCUCAAAGACCAAAGAUUCAAGUAAAGACAACUCCAAGACUAAAGAUACGAGUAGAGACAGUUCAAAAUCUAAAGAUAAGAGUAAGGACACCGUCAAGAUUAUAGAUGCGAGUAAAGACACUUCAAAGACAAAAGAAACGAGUAAAGACAGCUCCAAGAAUAAAGAUACGAGUGAAGACAGCUCAAAGAAUAAAGAUUUGGGUAAAGACUAUUCUAAGACUAAAGAUACCAGUAAAGACACCUCAAAGAAUAAAGCUUCGGGUAAAGUCACCUCAAAUGAUGGAAAACAGUUGAAUGGUCAUUCAUCGCCAGCGGAGCUUGCCAAGGUCCAGCAGAAGUGAAAUAAGAAUGAUCAUACAUGUAUUUAUUAGGCUUAAAAACGUGUUUUCGCUCACCCGACCGACCAAUUCAAUAGUGCCAACUUUAAAGUUUCUUUGAUGAUUGUAAUUUUUUACUCCAUAAUUAUUGAGAUAUACCCGUUGGUCCGCUAAAUAAACGGGUGUGUGUGUGUGUGGGGGGGGGGGGGGGUUACUCUGCGGCGCUGUUCAGCAUUUUUUGCUGUUCAGCAUUUAUACAUGUCCGUUUAUUAUCGAUAGUAAGACGAAAACUUGGAAACAUAAUUAAGUUGGACGCUUUGUUGCGUUUUGAAAUCGGUAUAUACAUGUGCACAAAACAACAUGCAUGACUGUAAAUAAUUUCAAUCAAGUUAUACUCAUUAUACAGUAAUAAAGUAUCGCUUGAAUGUGACCAAUGACUUCUGGAACAAUUUGUCUUGUCAGGGCAUAACCUAUUUCUUGCUGUUAAUUAAUAUCGUUCAAAUGUUGGAUAAGUAAUCGCGAAGUUUAAGGGGCACAAAAUAAGUAGAUAGAUGAUUUUUUUAGCUCCAAUGCCAAAUAUUCCCAGGUUAAAAAAGCUCCAGAAUAUUUUAAUAUGUUUUAUCUAUAACGAGUCAAAUGAUUUAAACAUUAGAAUGCAUAGAAUUAAGAUUAAAGCAAAGAAAAAAACAAGGGAAAAUGCAUCUAUCAAGUAUAAUCUAUAACCUGUGCCUCUUGAAAGCCAUCUGUUUUGGAUAGUCCCAUGUGUAAAAGUUCCGAUAAUGUUUUCCUCAGCUAAUGAUUUUUCUGUCUCUGCCUCGGAAAAAUCUGUUCGUAAAAUGCUUGAUUAUCUCCCUUUGUUUUGAGAAAACGUUAACUCCCAUAUCGGAACGGUAUCAAGUAGGCGGAGCUUAUCCAUUCUGUAACUAGCAUACGGAUUAACUAUAACUCUUUUCCAUUAUACCGUAAGCUAGUUAUUGAACGUUAACAACAUUAUACAAAACAGCUACUCACCAACUACCCUCGAGCUUGAAACGUAUAAGUUCAAUAACUCGGUUAGUGGGUGCCGAACUUAAUGCUUAAUUUGUAAUAUAUGGGCUAUGGCAUAUACUUUUAAUAUUUGCUAAAUACUGCGAUUCAGGGCUAACCAUUAGGUAUUACUAACUACUUAAAUACAUUGGGCUGAUGGUUCAGAACUUCGUUAGGGUUAACAACGUGAUUAACGACAUUAUUGUUAACUUUUAAACGUUAACUAUUUGACGAUGUGCUUUUAUGCUUUAGACUGCACAUGUAUUGCAAAAAAGGCUGUAACAGUUUUUGUUAGAUACAGAUCACAAAUGUAUCCAUUAAACUUCCAGAGCAGUAAUGAUUUGAAAGUUAACAACGAUGAUGUUAACAACGUUGUUAACUUUGGAAGAGUUUUGAACAAUCCGCCCAUUGUUUAGUGAUCAGGAACAUGUAACAAAUUGAUUGUUGAUUUUUGUUGAUCUUUUUUUUGACGAAUUUUAUCAAACAUAUUGUUAAACAAGCUAAACAAGUGUAUAUAGUUCUUACUAAUGAUGUAGUCAAGUCGACUUGUUUUAUAUCGACUUGGCAAGUUGUAACACGGCGGCGUAUAAACCUGUCUAGAGUUUGUCGACUUCAUUGCUGUGGAGUCGACACAAAGUGUUCAACCUGAUUUGUCGACAAAAGUCGACACAAUUUUGACACCACGUCAUGUCGACAAACAAAAAGUCGACCUGACUACGUGAUCUCAUCACCAAUACAUGCGAUAUACGCUUCCAAAGUAAGCAGACCCAUUCUGUUAAUGUAGAUUUGUUAUUGAAGUGUGUAUAUUUGACACUGUUGCAUUUGUUAUUAUUUAUUGAUUUUGAAUUUAUUUUAUGCCAUAUUUGUUUUAAAAACUGUUAACGAGAGAGAGAGCGUGAUCUUCAGUAUUGUUUAUUAUAUAACCUGAAAUCCUUUAACACUGGUUUAAUACUACAAAUAACCUAUGACAUGCCAAUAAAAUAAUCUAACGAAA